AUGACUUCAAUAUUUCAUUCCGGUCUUUUAAAAGAUUUUUCUUCAAUAUUAAAUGAUGCAGAUGAUUUUAACGUUAUUAUUAAUGUCGGUGAAAAAAACAAUACAAGAAAAUUUCGAGCACAUUCGGUAAUUUUACGUGCUCGUUCUGAGUACUUUAAAAGUGCACUCUCAACAGAAUGGGUCACAAAAGAGAACGGUAUAAUUAUGUUUAAUAAACCAAAUAUUACUCCAAUGGUUUUUGAUAUGAUUCUAAAAUAUUUAUACACAGGUGAACUGAAUUUGGGAGAUUAUAUAGGUAGUAUUAUUCUUGAGCUUCUAGUUGCGACUGAUGAACUACUCCUUGGAGAAUUAUUUGAACAUGUUCAAGAUUAUUUAACUAAGAAACAAACUGCCUGGGUUCAGGAAAAUUUAUUUCUUGUUCUCCAUAUUGCGUUUAAAAUUACUCGCUGCAAAAUACUUCAAGAUUAUUGUCUUGAAUUCAUUUGUUCAGAUCUAGUACGACCAUUUAUUACUUCAGAAAACUUCCUCUCGCUAGAAAAAGAUGCCCUCUAUGGCUUACUUAAACGAGAUGACUUGCAUUCUGAUGAAAUAGUCAUUUGGGACAGUUUAAUAAAAUGGGGUAUUAAACAAACUCCUGGUUUAGGAAGUGAGAAUAGCGAUAGAACCAAAUGGAAUAAUGAGAAUUAUGAAGCAUUAAAGAAAACUUUAAAUCAACAUAUUCCUCUUAUUCGAUUUGUUGAAAUUUCUCCUGCUGAAUAUUUUGAUAAAGUUCGACCUUAUAAAACUGUUCUUCCUUAUCAUAUUUAUGAAGAAAUAGAAGAAUUUUAUUUUAAAGGUACUUCACCAAAAACAGUCAUUUUAUCUCCACGAAAUCACAUUAAAUCGAGUAUUAUUAAGUCAGAAUUUAUUUCUAUGAUUCUCAACUGGAUCGAAAGAAAAGAUGCAAGUGUUACCCGUAAUAAAGAUGAUUCAUUAUACGAGUUUAACCUUAUUUAUCGAGGUAGUCGAGAUGGAAUCGAUACCAAUUCAUGUAGAAAUAAAUGUAAUUUAGGGGACCCAAUUUUAGUUUUAGUCAAGUGCCACAAUACGAGAACAAUAUUUGGUGGUUUUACUCCAGUUGGGUUUUAUAAGGAGAUGAAAUUUGGUUAUAGUAAGGGAAACAAUAGUUACAUCUCUUCGCGAGAUAGUUUUAUUUUUAAAACUUUUGAAGAAAAUGAUAAACAAAAUUUGAAAAUAAAUCGUGUAACAUCAUAUAAUAAUGCGAUUUUCAAUAAUUAUUCUAGCAUUGGUUAUGGAUUUAAUUUUGGAGGAGACUUAUAUAUGAAAGAUAAUAAUUUAUAUAUUGGUAAUAGCGGUAAUUAUGCACAUUACAAGCACUCAUAUUACAAGAAUGAUUCUUAUAUGAUUGAGGAGAUUGAAGCAUUUAGAGUGGUAAAACAUUUAAAACAAUAA